AUGAACAUAGAAAUAAACAGAUUGCAGACGUUCAAUGAAUGGCCAGCUCAUGCUGAGGUAAACCCCCAGAGAAUAGCAAAAGCAGGAUUCUUUGCUACAAAACAAGGUUUGGAAGUAGAGUGCUUUGCAUGCCAUUUGAAAAUAUCUGAAUGGAACUAUGGAGAUCAAGUAAUGGCGAGACAUGCUGCUUUGAGUUCUACAUGCCCUUUUGUAACUAAUCCAAUUACCUCAGGGAAUAUCCGAUACUUUCCACCUUUAGUCUCGUCUGAUCCUUACAGCGAGUCAGUGGAAGCAAGACUAGCAUCAUUCGAAAACUGGCCCUCAUCAAAUGUAGUGUCUCCUGAAAGUCUGGCAAAUGCUGGUUUCUUUUACUUGGGAGAUGGUGACAAUACAAAAUGUGCUUUCUUGCAAAGGAGUAGUUCGGGCAUGGGAGCAAGUGUGAUCAACAAAAGAUGUGGACCUGUUGCAUUUUAUAAAAAACCUUUUACAAAUGCUCAACUUGUCCAGAAUGAUCAGAACUUGGAUGAACUGGGAAUACAGACUCAUAAAGGGCCAAAGAGGUCAGACUUUUCAACUGUAGAGUCAAGAUUACGUUCAUUUAUUGGUUGGUCUUCAGAAUUGAUUCAGACUCCUGAACUUUUAGCACAAGCUGGGUUUUAUUAUGAAGGUAUAAGGGAUCAAGUUAGAUGCUUUCAUUGUGAUGGAGGGCUAAAGCAUUGGGAUCCACAUGAUGAUCCUGGACUGAACAUGCUAGAUGGUUUCCAACAUGUGCUUUUGGAUAAAAAGAGACCACUCACUGAACCAGAGCUGCAAGAGAUCGUCGACAAUUUCUCUGAUUUCGAUGAGGAUAUAGUAGACUUUGCAGAUGAAAGCAAAGGAGAAGAAGAAGUUAUUCAGUACAAUGUUUACGACAGCGAAUCUGAGCAAUCUGCCGUUGAGGACUCGGACUAUACACACGAAUUGGAGAAUCAAGGAGAUAAGUUCUUUUACAUUGGAAAGGACGAAGAGAAUGUUUGGAAAAGCACUCCUGUGAGUUUUACCAGUAAAACUAGGUCUAAAAAUAUAAUCAAGAUAUUACCAGGUUCAAAAGGAGCUGCGAAAAAACAAAAUUUUGCAAGAGAUAGAGAUUGCAAAAUAACUUCGUCCACGGAGAUCCAGGCAUUAGUCGGCGCGUUAUAUAUAAUUGCAGUAAAGAAAGGAAAUCGUAGUCACUCCAUCCAAAAGAUCCAAAGCACCCGCCGGAAAUAUCCUAUUACAGAACAAGAGGUGCAGGCUCAGUUAUCAAGCCCUCAAGCAAUGGCUGCACUGAACAUAGGCUUAACAUUAGAGACCGUCAAGCGUGCUAUUCGGGAGAAGUUAGAACAAACUGGCAUUGGAUAUUCGCAAGCGGACGCUUUGGUUGAAGCGGCCCUCAAUAUUCAACAUGAACAUGUUGCAGAACAUGACCAAGAUGCAUUAGAACCUAAUUUCCACGUAGACUGCGCCGUGCGGGAGGCUAUAGCCCCUGUUAAACCCUCGGAGUGUCAUAAUGUUCCUGUAGAUGUAGCAAAUGAAAUGACAGAGCAGGUGGUCGAGGAAUCUGUCAGGCCUAUUCCUUCAGCAAAGAAAACAUUGACCUUAGAAGAGGAAAAUAGACUUCUAAAAGAAGCAAGGCUGUGUAAGAUUUGUAUGGAUGCUGAAGUUGGUAUAGUGUUUUACCAUGUGGACAUCUAGUUACUUGUGUAAAUUGUGCGCCAAAUCUUGAAGAUUGCCCUGUUUGUAGAUCUGCUAUAAAAGCUUCAGUCAGGACCUUCCUGGCAUAACAUUAAUAAGUAAAAGUUUUAAUUCAUGUUUGAAAAUGAUCACAUUUCAAAAUCUCUAUGUGGAAUGAGUCGCGAUAUUAAAAACAGUUAAUGUGUGGGUGCUACAUUGGAAUCCAAGUAUCGCUUUUUUCUUCUAAAGUUAAAAAAUGUGAUAUUCUGCAACAACCAUAAAAAUAUGUAACGGUAUACAACUAUGGAACUUAGAAACUUAAUCUGCCAUCUCACUGAUGAUCGAUGUUAUAAUUUACUACUAUUUAACACGUGUGCAGUGUGACCUUCUACUGAUUUGAUUUUCAUUGCUAAUCUUUUAUACUGAUUUAACAAAAGUUUUAUCACUACGUUUACACGUCCGCUAUAUGGCCUAAAAUAGUUAAAACGGUUUAUUGUAAAUCGAUUUUGUUAUAAUAAUUCACACAAUUGAAGUGGUGUAUAUCUUUUUGGAUCAUGUGAACUACUGUAGCAGCAGUAUUGCUAAGGGCUAGUCCUACACACAACUUUCAAGUUGUCUUGCAAGUUUUGUAAUUCAUACUUUAUAGUAUACUAGUCUAGACCCGCGGCUCCGCUCGCGUAGAAGUAGUGUAAAGUAUAGGCCAUCCAUUUUGCAUUAGUGUGAAGGAGAAGGGUUUCAGAGGAAGAAAUACAAUACUCAAUGAAAUCCAGUAACUACUUUGGCAAUUAACUAAAAUGUAUUAAAAUAUCCAUACUAGCCUCUGACCGCUUGAAUCUGCAGGUAUCUGUUUUUUUAUGAAACUUGUUAUUAUGAAUGAUAAAUAAUAGUAGAAUAGAUAACAGCAUGGUUGCCUGGUCACAUUUCAUGAAGCCAUAUUUUGUUCCUAUGGACUUACUUUUUCAGUUGUUUGAACAAGUUAUUCAGGGUGGUCAUAACGCAAAAUGGACAAUUUCUCAAAAAAAAAAUAGAUGUGCAUUUUCACACUCCUUGAUUCUCUUUACCAUAAGCUUUUUUUGAUAUAAUGCUUUAGGUGUUUUGUAAUAAAGCGUUAAUUUCCGAUCACGUUUCGGGUCUUUACUUCCGCGGGACAAAAUGGUGGUACAUUCAUAUUUAUCAAUUUUUAUAACGUGCUAAACUCGAAACUUCAAAUUUUAAUAGAUAUUUUUUUAAAUUUCCUACUUUAUCACAUUUUCAGUAAAUAUUUUUUUUAAACCUAAUUUCUUCAUAAUUUUGCAAAAUGGUCACAUGUUUAGAAAACAAAUCUGAAAACAUGCUGUCGCUGUUUAUAAGCAACGUCCAUAAUCGUGCUGCUACUGUUUUACUGCUCUUUGUCUUUGUUAUUCCAAACGUAGUUGUUUCUAGAAAGGAAAGUCACAACUUUCAGAACACCCUGUAUACUUUGAAAAGCUUAGCGCUUCAUAGAUGGCACUGUAGCCACAUAUAUGCUUGUAUAUGCUCAUAUAGGCAGCGCCAUCUAUGAAUUACUAUCAUACAUAGCAUACAUAAUAAAUAGAGAAACAGCUGUUACAACUUCUCAUAGAUGACGGCUACAAUAUCUAUUUUAUCUCGGAUAAUUUUCUAGGCUCAAGAAUAUGGCAUGAGGUUGGCUUUCUUCGGGUAGAAUAUGUUAAUUAAUGAUUGGAACACAUUUUUAACUACUAUUUAAAAACACGUAACCUAAGCCAUUACUGCCAGCGGGAGCUGGCAACCGCGCUCUUGCUAGCUUGACGCUGGCGGUGGAAUACUUAUCGCGAUAGAUUCCAUCGCAAAAUCGACCAUGAGUCCGCGGAUAAAACCAUGCCUACAACCUACAAGUGUACAAAUGUUUACGUCUCUCUCCGUAUUGUGGAUCAUGCGUGAUGCUGACAGACAGCAACAAAUAACAAUUAGGAGAAAAAAUAGUUACUAAGUCGGCGAGAUUGUUGCUGAAAUUGUUUUUAAACAACAGUGAACGAACAGUCGACGAAUAGAAAUAGAUCUUCGAAAGCUAGAGCUUAAGUUAUAAGAGUGUACUUCUGCAAUACUUUGCCUUCUACCCAAAGAAAUUCAAGGAUAUUUUCUCCUAACAUUUAAGGCAAUUAACUAUGAAAAUAUAUAUUACGUAUAUAUAUAAUACGUAUAUAUUAUUAUUCAUAGUUAAUUGCCUUAAAUGUUAGGAGAAAAUAUCCUUGAAUUUCUUUGGGUAGAAGGCAAAGUAUUGCAGAAGUACACUCUUAUAACUUAAGCUCUAGCUUUCGAAG